CGAUUGACUGCAGUAGUGGAAAAAUCGUCGUACCGUGUGGGACAAGAUUGAAACGCGGGUACAAGCGACAUACACAUGCACAUACAUUACACUGAGCGUUGAGUCUCACAUAAGAAGGCAGUGAGUGAAAAAGCAUCACAAAAUAUACAUAUCUGCCGGGACCGACGCCGAGUUAGCGUGAAUUUACGGUUAAUAAAUUGAUUGAAUUCAGUGGGACAUUCGUCUGCGUGUUAACUGUUUAUUUUGUGUUAAAAUAAUUGAAAUGUCGACGAAAUCGAGUAAAAAAACUGUAGCGGCGUCGUCGAGCGUUAGCUCGGUCCAGUCGCCUCAGCCAAGUACUUCGACGCCUAUAGGCCGGCGUCCAGGAAGUCCACUCAGCCCUACACGUUAUUCACGUCUACAGGAGAAACAGGAUUUACAGAAUCUCAAUGAUCGUCUUGCCUGUUACAUUGAAAAAGUACGUCACCUGGAGACAGAAAAUUCGAGACUCACGAGAGAGGUACAGACGUCCCAGGAGGUGGUUACGAGAGAGGUGUCCAAUAUCAAGUCUAUGUACGAGCAUGAGCUCUCUGAUGCUAGAAAAUUACUCGAUGAAACUGCCAAGGAGAGAGCUAAACUCGAAAUCGAUACCAAACGACUUUGGGAUGACAAUGAAGACCUUAAGACCAAAUUGGAGAAGAAAUCGAAAGAUUUUCAAAUCGCCGAGCGUAAUGCGUCAAUUUAUGAGACUCGAUGCAAUGAUCUCCAAUCCCAGUACAAUCAAUCCCAAGCUGAACGUAAAAAGCUCCAGGAGCGUGAGCGCGAAUUGGAGAAAGAAGUGGAGAGGUUGAAGGGGUUGUUGGAUGAUGCUAGAAAGCACCUGGAGGAGGAAACCCUCCAGCGUAUUGAUCUGGAGAACAAUAUCCAGAGUCUCAGAGAGGACAUCAGCUUCAAGGAUCAAGUCUUCCAGCAAGAGUUGACCGAAACUCGUUCGCGGCGUCAAGUUGAAAUAUCUGAAAUCGAUGGACGUCUUGCUGAGCAGUACGAGGCUAAGCUACAGCAGUCACUCCAGGAGCUUCGUGAUCAGUACGAAGGACAAAUGCGAAUGAAUCGAGAGGAAAUUGAGUUGCUCUAUGAGAACAAGAUCAAGAAUUUGACGUCUCAUGCUCAACGUAAUAGUGGAGCUGCAAGUUUAGCUGUUGAGGAGCUCAGACAAACUAGGACUCGCAUUGAUGGACUUAAUCAACGCAUCUCCGAGCUCGAGUCCGCUAAUAACGCUCUCAAUGCGCGUAUCAGGGAACUGGAGAAUCUCAGGGAGGGCGAGCGUGCCAGGCAUGCAGAGGGUCUUGCCUCGCUGGAGGCUGAGCUCAGCAGGAUGAGGGAGGAAAUGGCACAGCAGCUACAGGAGUACCAGGACCUGAUGGAUAUCAAGGUGGCUCUGGAUCUUGAAAUUGCUGCUUAUAGAAAACUGUUGGAAUCUGAGGAAGCCAGGCUCAAUAUCACUCCUGUUCAGUCACCAGCUACUUCAGUUUCCACUGGCAGGAGCACUCCUUCCAGACACACCCCUAUCAGGGGAGGGAAACGUAAGCGCACACUUCUUGAAGAGAGCGAGGAACGCAGCAGCAGUGAUUACAGUGUCGUUGCAUCUGCAAGAGGAGAUGUCGAAAUCAAUGAAGCUGAUCCACAAGGGAGAUUCGUCAAACUUAUCAAUAAGGGUGGCAAGGAAAUUGUUCUCAGUGGUUGGCAACUCAUUCGCAAAGCUGGAGCUCUGGAGACAGUCUUCAAAUUCCACAGAACUGCCAAGAUCGAACCAGGGGCAAAUGUUUUGGUUUGGUCAUCGGAUGUUGGAGCGACUCAUGAACCACCAUCGAAUAUCGUUAUGAAGGGACAGAAAUGGUUCAUUGCUGAUAAUAUGACGACUACUCUCUUGAAUACUGAUGGAGAGGAAAUGGCAACAUCCGAACGAAAGAGGCAGCAACUGACAACUUCAAUGUCUCGGCACAGAGAAAACUUGGGGUUUCGGGGAUCUGAGGAUCUUCACCAUCAACAGAGAAGAUUUCUCUUCUUCCAAUAAUCAGAGGGCCUGCGACUCUGAUGGACAGCCCAUGGGGACCCCCAGGGUGAGGAACGCUGUCGCCUUAUGUAAGCAGUAAGAUUUGUUAAGUCCAAGAUUUAUAAAAUUCAAAAAUGAAAAGAGUUUUAAUUAAGCUUAUUAAGAUUAUUGGGGGCAUUUUACGAUGCGAGAAUUUGUUCAGAGGGGCAGAAUAAUCUAUCGCCAUUAAUUAUUGAAGACAGAAAACUAUUUCCAUUAAUCUAAAGGAUGAGAAGAGAAUUAAAAAUGAAGAAUAAUAAAUAACUAAUCGUUAUGAAACAAGUUUUUUCACAAAGAGCAUUUCAAGUUUUUCACAAUAUUCAAUGUGAAUGACUGAAUAAAUUUUUGUUUUCAUUCUCCUUAAAAAUCGCUUCCAGAUAAUUUUUUUGUUGAAGAAAAGUAAUCAGGAUACAUUCUGAUUCACAUGACUUCGUAUAAUUUCCAUCUAUUAGCACUCUUCAAUAUUGCACAAUCAAAAUUAAUUUAGAGAAUAAAAUGUACAACGAUGGUGGAAAGACGGUCACAAUAAUAAAAUUGUAAUGUAUCUGCAUUUACCUGAUUCACGAUAAUAGUACCGACGAAAGACGAAAACUAAUACGGACGAAAAUAAUAUUUUCUUUUUGUAUGUGAAAUAAAUGCUUAUAACACUUCUAUAGAUGAUUAUUAAUAAU